AUGCGCUCCGCAGCCGCCCUGUGCCGCCUGCUCCUCAUCCUCCUCUUCAUACUCAUCCUCCUGCCGCCGCCGCCCGCCGCCUACUUCGGGUCAGCACCGCCCGCGGGGACCGGCCCUCGGCACCGCCUCCGCGCCCCGGGCAGAGCGCAAAACCCGCGGGGCAGCGCUGGGAACACCGGGGAGGGAGAGCGCAAAACCCGCGGGGCAGCGCUGGAGGGGACACCGGGGAGGGAGAGCGCAAAACCCGCGGGGCAGCGCUGGAGGGGACACCGGGGAGGGAGAGCGCAAAACCCGCGGGGCAGCGCUGGGAACACCGGGGAGGGAGAGCGCAAAACCCGCGGGGCAGCGCUGGAGGGAACACCGGGGAGGGAGAGCGCAAAACCCGCGGCGCAGCGCUGGGAACACCGGGGAGGGAGAGCGCAAAACCCGCGGCGCAGCGCUGGGAACACCGGGGAGGGAGAGCGCAAAACCCGCGGCGCAGCGCUGGGAACACCGGGGAGGGAGAGCGCAAAACCCGCGGCGCAGCGCUGGGAACACCGGGGAGGGAGAGAGCUUUUGCCGCGGAGGAGCUGCUGGAGGCAGGCGCGGAGGCUCCGCGGGGUUGCUCGGUCCUCGGACAGGUCCCUGCCGGAGCCCUGCGGGGUGCGGGAGAGGCUCCGGGCCGGGCCGCGCACCUGCAGCCCCAAGCGCAUCCCCGCAGCCCGGGGAGCGUCCCCGCAGCCCCCGGAGAUCCCCGGAGCGUCUCCGCGGCUCAUCCCCGCGGCUCAUCCCCGCGGCUCAUCCCCGCAGCCCCCGGAGAUCCCCAGAGUAUCCUCGCAGCCCCCCGAGCAUCUCCGCAGCCCGCGGAGAUCCCCGCAGCGGGGAGAGGGCUGCAGGAAGUUUGGGGUGCAGGCUGUGGCAGGAGGCUCCGCGGUGCUCCCGCAGAAAGGCCUGACCGGCAAAGAAGCUCUGACUCACUUCCCAUCGCUGAGCCCCUCCGCAGCCGCUGCCCAGGGCAAGGGGCACGUCAAGCAGUGCGACCUGCUGCAGCUGUCCCGCAGGCAGAAGCGGCUGUGCCGCCGGGAGCCAGGGCUGGCCGAGACGCUGCGCGACGCUGUGCGCCUCGGCAUCCUCGAGUGCCAGUUCCAGUUCCGCAGCGAGCGCUGGAACUGCAGCCUGGAGGGACGUGCCAGCCUGCUGAAGAGAGGCUUCAAGGAGACUGCCUUCCUGUACGCGGUGUCGGCGGCGGCGCUGACGCACUCCCUGGCCAGAGCCUGCAGCGCAGGGCGCAUGGAGCGCUGCACCUGCGACGAGUCCCCGGGGCUGGAGAACCGCAAGGCCUGGCAGUGGGGGGUCUGUGGGGACAACCUCCGCUACAGCACCAAGUUCCUCAAGAAGUUCCUGGGCCAGAAGAGGGUCGGCAAGGACCUGCGGGCCAAGGUGGACAUCCACAACACCAACGUCGGCAUCAAGGCGGUGAGAAGCGGCCUGAGAACCACCUGCAAGUGCCACGGCGUCUCCGGCUCCUGCGCCGUCCGCACCUGCUGGAAGCAGCUCUCUCCCUUCCACGAGGUCGGUCGCCUGCUGAAGCUGCGCUACGACGACGCCGUUAAGGUCUUCAGCACCACCAACGACGCCGUGGGGCACUCGGAGCUGGCCGGGCCGCAGGGACACAGGCACAGCUCUGCCUCCCCCCGCUCCACCGACCUGGUCUACGUGGAGGACUCCCCCAGCUUCUGCCGCCCCAGCAAAUACUCGCUGGGCACGGCCGGGCGGAGCUGCUCGCGGGAGGGCAGCUGUGCCAGCAUGUGCUGCGGCAGGGGCUACAACACCCAGAGCAGGCUGGUCACCUUCGCCUGCCACUGCCAGGUGCAGUGGUGCUGCUACGUGGAGUGCCAGCAGUGCAUGCAGGAGGAGGUGGUCUACAGCUGCAAGCAGUAGGGAAGCUGCUGGGGGCCGAGGCCAGUCCCGGAGGACAAGGAAGCAGCAGGAGAGGACAGAGCUGAGCCUCUGCCGUGGCUGAGGGCAAAGGCAGGCACCAGAGCCUGCAGUGCCCCAGCUGCCCCCGUGCGGAGAGCCUCCGGGCUGGGCAGCUCCGGCGGC